AUGGCGACCGAUUCACCUUCGAUGAGCGCCAGUAAGCGCAGCUCGGCAACAUCCAAUCUACGCCACAGCCAGACUGCACGACCAGACUCCCCGCAUACACCGCAGCAGCAAUUACGUUCGGGCAACACCUCAUUCACCAGCACGACAUCUCCGGGCUCGUCCUUUCGAAAUGAAGACGAUGCAAUCAUAUUUGAGAUAGGCGCACGAUGGCUCCGUGCAGGCUUUGAGGGAAACAGCGCACCCGCCUGUGUUAUCGGGUUUGGACCGGAGGACUCGAGGAGAGUGGGGGACUAUCGGGGAUGGACUCAGGGCAGCCUUGGUGCUGGACGGCUAGCUCAACCAGUUGACGCCGAGGAAUGGGCACGAGCAUAUGAAUUGUGGAGGCCAGACUCGCGGGAAGUUGAUCUGGGUCUGGUCGAGGACAAGAUUGAGCGCGCGUUCCGCGAGACCUAUAACCAGUACCUAUUGACGGACGCGGGUACGUCUCGCCUAGUUCUUGUCCUGCCUUCGCUUAUGUCGCAUCCAUUGCUUUCGUCACUGCUAUCUACGCUCUUCAGUCGCUGGCGAUUUCCGAGUGUCACUCUUCUGUCGAGUGCGACUAUGUCAGCUACCGCUGCUGGACUACGGUCUGCUUUGGUGGUUGAUCUUGGGUGGGCUGAAACUACGAUCACCGCCAUUUACGAAUAUAGAGAGAUGAUCACGAAGAGGACGACACGAGCCAUGAAACAAUUGAUGCAGGAGAUGGGCCGGCUUCUUACUGAAUUGGCCUCUGGCGGGAAUCAAAACGAUGACGCAGAGGACAAAAUAUCUGUCGGAUUUGCCUAUUGUGAAGAGGUAGUCAGUCGAUUUGCCUGGUGUAUAUUGCAGGCAGAAGAAAGUUCAGCAUCAGAGCAGACAUUGUCGAUCCCGUCUCCAGCAAAUCCCGAACAAGAAUACAUGGACGUGUCGUUCGCACGCCUCACCGAACCUGCUGAGAAAGUCCUAAUUGCACCGGGCACUGCAGAGCAUGAAAUGGAUGAUGAAGAAAAAUCGAUCCCCUUGCUUAUUUACAAUACACUCCUUACAUUGCCUCCCGAUGCACGUGGCACAUGCAUGUCACGCAUUGUCUUCGUGGGUGGCGGUUCUCGAAUUCCGGGGCUGCGUCAGCGAAUCCUCAAAGAAGUCUCAUUAUUAGUUGACCGGCACGGUUGGAGUCCAAUCAGAGGCAAAGCUCUCGAGCGCCUGCAGCAGAGAUUGGAGGGCUUGAAACUCUCAGCUCGUUCACCUCCAAGCGGCACCGAGACAAUUAAGAGUAAUGGGAAAGCUGCGAACGACGAGGAUGCUUCAUCGGGAGACGAAGAAAAGCCAGAUCCCUCCAAAGAGGAACCUGAACUGGACUUCGUGGAACAAAAGCUUCGCAGACAGAACAAAGACAUUCCAGUCCCUGUUCAAGGAGUCUUACGCGAAGUCGAAUCUCUUGGACCUUGGGCUGGUGCAAGUCUGACUACCAGUUUGAAGAUCCGAGGAAUGGUGGAGAUCGAACGAGAGAAGUUUCUACAGCACGGAUUGGCCGGCGCCACACGAGAUAUUGAUCUUCAUGUCCCUGAUCGUCGAUCGGGCUUGAGAUCCGGUGGUGAUCGUUCGAGUUGGACAUUGGCCGGCUGGGCAUGA